GGAAAAUAUCGGGAUUCUCGCACCUCCAAGAUAACAGAGUUAUAGACCGACAAUGUCGACGAAUCCUCCGCGGCCGAGGAGUGUGCAGCUGGCAUCGUCUAUACUAGAAACCGUGACCAGUCUCGAGCAGUACCUCGAGAAAAUUGGGAAGCCCAGUUGCUCCUUCGAACCAGGCGCUGCUUCCAUUCAGUCACAGUUACCGCCGUCGCUGCAUGCAUCAGUUGAUACUGCACUUGGAGCUCUUGAAGAACUGACUACCCUUUUGCUGGGCCCCAUUGGAUGGAUGACUUGGCAGUUGGGCCGCUCUGUAAGGGACACUUUAUGGAAGUUUUUUUUUUCUUGAAAGAGUGCACCUUAAAUUGACUUAGGAACCAGUUCGACUUGACGAGCAUGCACGCCAUGCACCGCUUCGAAAUCCCUAGACGUUUCCCUGUCGGCGAGACUAUAACCACUGCGGAACUGGCUCGGCGCUGCAACGCCAAUGAGGAGGCCAUCACUCGUCUUGUCCAACAUGCCGUGACCAAGCACUUUCUGGCUCAGCCGGAAGCAGGCAUAAUCUCUCACACGGCGUUUUCUGCAAUGAUGGCAGCACAGCCGCCAAUCUCAGACUUCGUGGGAUACGUCUGUGAGGAUCUUCGGCCGGCCGCGGCGUGUAUUCCCGAUGCUCUAACCAAGUGGCCGGGUCUGCCUCAUGAGCCAGAUAAGACUGGUUAUAAUCUCGCCACUGGAACGGCAGGCACAUUUUGGGAUUCCUUAGCAAAGAAUCCAGAGCAGUCUCGCCGUUUUGCGUCCUCCAUGAGCUUCAUGCAACGGUUACCGGGCUGGCAGCCAACAGCCGCCCUCGAGUUAUUUGAUUGGGGAGCACUGAGCACUGAUGCUGUUGUCGUCGAUGUCGGUGGUGGCGAUGGGAGCUUUGCAAUAGCGCUCUCAAAACGAUUCCCGCAGCUGAAAUAUAUCAUUGUCCAAGACGUUCCAGCCGUGAUCGAGCAGGCGAUAAGGGCCGUUCCGAAGCCUUUGCGUGGCAUAAUCAAACCGCAGGUCGCCGACUUUUUUGAACGUCAACCUGUGCAGGGGGCAGCAAUUUAUUUUUUGCGCAAGGUACUGCACGACUGGCCAGACGAGCACGCCAUCAGAAUCCUGCAGCAACUAGUUCCGGCAUUAGAGCCUGGAGCACGAAUACUCAUCAAUGACCAUUGCGUGCCUCCUCACGGUACAUUAUCACCGAUUCAGGAGUGGCGUAUUCGGGGUCAGGACCUUGCUAUGAUGGCACUGUUCAACAGCAAAGAGCGUACCACCGAGCAAUGGAAAGAGCUUAUUAAGAGGGCAGAUCAACGUUUCGUCAUUCAUUCCGUGACACCAAUGCCUCCGGGGCCGCUUGCAUUGAUAGUGGUGGGCUGGGAGUAG